GCUUGACGAAUCUUAGUCUAGUUUGGUCAUGUCGUCCACGGGUGUCGAGGCCAGAGUAGUAAUCACAGGAUGCGGGAUAUCGGGGAUAGCAGCGGCACACAAACUCGUUAAAGCAGGAUUUAAUCAUGUGCGGAUACUCGAAGCGACCGGAAGAAGCGGGGGGAGGAUUAAAACGGGAAAGUUUGGUGAUAACAUUGUGGAGAUAGGGGCCAACUGGAUCCACGGACCGUCCGAAGAGAACCCAGUAUUUUGUUUGGCUCGGCAAUACGGCCUGCUGAGUCCAGACGCUCUCACCCCAGAGAACCAGGCAAUGGACAUCGGAGGACAUCCUCCCUGGAUCCCCAAUGUCUUCACCAGCUCAGGUCGCAAGGUGAGCUUUGAGGAUGUAUUCCCUGCUGUAGAGAUGUUUAAAGAACUUCUGGCUGAGAGUUCAGAGUAUCAGGAGGGGGGGGAACCCUGGCCCAGCAUGGGCCAAUUUAUACGUGCGGAGGUGCUACAAAGAUCAGUCAAGGAGUGGAAAGCAGACAAUAAAAUAUCUUUGCAGCGGUGCAUGAUCAGCACCAUGUUGAAGGUGGAGUGUUGCAUUAGUGGUUCUCACAGCUUGGAUGACCUGGGCUUGGGUGGUAAUGGCCUCUAUAAAACAACACUGGGACGUGACUGCACCUUUCCAGGAGGUUAUGAAGGUCUAGUCAGAAAGCUGAUGUCAGAGCUGCCUGCUGGUGUGGUGACCUACAACCAGCCCGCUCGCUGCAUCCACUGGAACAACUCUGACAAGAGAGGCGCACACGUGAACAUCGAAUGUGAUGAUGGGGAGAUGGUGGCAGCUGAUCACGUGGUCGUCGCAAUUCCUUUAGGCUACUUAAAGAAGCACCAUAUGUCACUGUUCCGUCCUCCUCUUCCUCUGCACAAAAUGCACUCCAUCCAGAGAUUAGGCUUUGGCACAAACAAUAAAAUAUUUGUGGAAUUUGAUUCGCCCUGGUGGGAUGAGGAUUGCGAGGUCAUCUACAUGGUGUGGGAAGAUGAGGAUGCCAUGGUGGACCAGGUGGGGGAUAUUCCAGGAUCCUGGAUAAAGAAAUUGUUUGGCUUUACUGUGUUAAAACCCACUGAAAGGUUCGGCCAUGUUUUGUGUGGCUGGAUCGCUGGGCAUGAGGCAAGUUAUAUGGAGACUUUGUCUGAGCAGGAGGUCCUGCACGCCGUCACACAACUCGUCCGCAGGUUUACAGGUAAUCCCAUAAUUACUCCGCGGGGAGUCUUUAGGUCUCAAUGGUGUCAUGACCCUUGGACAUGCGGAUCAUACAGUUACCCUUCAAGGGGCUGCUCAUUGCAGGACUUUGAGAACAUGAUGGAGCCUCUGCCAUCCAAGCGAUCACUCUCAGAACCGCUGCAGGUGUUGUUUGCUGGAGAGGCGACUCAUCCCUGCUACUUCUCCACCGUCCAUGGAGCUCUUCUCUCUGGUUGGAGGGAAGCCGACAGGCUCCUCGCUCACUACUCGUCAUCCACUCGUCCAGCACAGCCAACAGAGUCAAAGCUUUAAAAGAAUAAUGCUGUUCGGACAAAGAGAUUAAUGCGAGAUGAUGUGAUUUCAAUGUACCUGUACAUCAAUUUUUAUGAUGAUACAGAUUAAUCUUGGUGAAUAAGUGCCAUAAAAUGAAAAGCUGAUAAUUAUCUGUCUUAAUUUAGAAGAAAUAUGUGUUGCUGUUUUGGAGAGCAAAAAAAUAUUACCUUUUAAAGGAAUCCUCUGUGUACAUCAAUUAAAAAAAGUUGAGUUAAAUAUUUUUAUGCAUUACAUACAGAUACAAUGUGACAUGACAUUUUAGACAACUGUCAUUUAUUUUUCUGUUAUCUAAUAAACAUGUAAUGUUCUA